AUGGGCUGCGCAGCCUCCAUUAUCUUCACAGUCCUGGGCGCAUCCUACGGCACCGCCAAGUCAGCCGGGGCAAUAUUCUCUUCGGGGAUAAUCCACCCAGAUCGGCUGAUGCAGAACACGAAAGCGGAAAUGCUGACGUCGAGUCGCCACGUGUACGCGCGCAGCCUCUGUGCGAUCAUGGCUCAGAUCCUCUCCAUCUACGGCCUGGUAGCCAGCGUUAUCAUCUCGGGCGACUUGGUCGAGAAGAUGCCCUUGCACCAGGGCUUCCUCCAGCUGGGCGCCGGCAUCAGCGUCGGGUUAAGUGGCCUCGCGGCUGGAUUCACUAUUGGCAUAGUUGGGGAUGCGGGAGUGAGAGCUAGUAGUCAGCAGCCACGACUCUAUAUUGGCAUGGUUCUGAUCCUAAUAUUCGCCGAAGUCCUUGGUCUUUACGGCGUUAUCGUUGGAAUCCUAAUGCUAACCAAGUCAAAAGAGAACGUCACUCAGUGUCUGUACUGA